GGGCCCUUCAGGUAGGAGGUCUUGGAUGACUUUGGACGUCCGUACUGCUUAGGUGCGGUGACUUCGUUCGGCCUUGCAGACUUGUUCUCGUCUUCCCAGCCCAAGGCCUCUCCCGCAACCAUGCUCCGCCUGAUCGUCAGUCAAGCCAGGAAGCACCCUAGUUUGAUCCCCCUCUUCGUAUUUAUUGGAGCGGGAGGUACUGGCGCAGGACUGUAUCUCCUGCGUCUGGCUUUGUUCAAUCCAGAUGUCAGUUGGGACAGAAAGAAUAACCCAGAACCCUGGAACAAAUUGGGUCCCAAUGAUCAAUAUAAGUUCUACUCAGUGAAUGUAGAUUACAGCAAACUGAAGAAAGAAGGUCCAAACUUCUAAAUGAGAUAGUUCACUCUAAAGCUGCUUAAAAUGAAGGUCUUCCAGAAGCCAUCCGCACAAUUUUCCACUUACCAGGAAAUACUUCCCUCUCAAUGCAUGAAAUCAUGUUGGUGUAUUGUGUAGGGAUUUACACUGAUUAAUAAAUAUAUCUGAAACUUGG